AUGGCUUCGCUUUUCUUUUCUGCCCCGAUCGACAUCGAUGUGGUUCUCGAGGAUCACGAUGAGCGCCAGACGGUCGACGUCAAGCUCGACAAGGGCCGCCGCGAGCGGGUCCCUGUGUACAUGGACGGCGAGUCUGUCAAGGGUGCUGUGACCAUCCGAUUGAAGGAUGGCAAGCGACUGGAACAUAUGGGAAUCAAGGUGCAAUUUAUUGGCACAAUUGAGAUGUUUUACGACCGAGGCAACCACUACGAAUUUCUUUCCUUAGUCCAAGAACUCGCCGCACCGGGCGAGCUGCUGCACCCGCAGACCUUCCCCUUUAACUUCAAAAAUGUCGAAAAACAAUACGAGUCCUACAAUGGUAUCAACGUGAAACUGCGCUACUUUGUCCGAGUGGUCGUCUCGCGACGUCUGCCGGACGUCAUCCGUGAAAAGGACUUGUGGGUGUACUCGUACCGCAUGCCGCCAGAGAAUAACAGUCCCAUCAAGAUGGACGUCGGUAUCGAGGACUGCCUGCAUAUCGAAUUCGAAUACUCCAAAUCCAAGUAUCACCUCAAAGAUGUGAUUGUGGGCCGCAUCUAUUUCUUACUUGUGCGACUGAAGAUCAAGCAUAUGGAAUUGUCUAUCAUUCGGCGUGAGACAACUGGAUCUCCGCCAAAUCAAUAUAACGAGAGUGAGACUCUAGUGCGCUUUGAGAUUAUGGAUGGUUCGCCAUCAAGAGGCGAGACUAUUCCAAUUCGUUUGUUCUUGGGUGGAUUUGACUUAACCCCAACAUUCCGCGAUGUCAACAAGAAGUACUCCACGAGGUACUACCUCAGUCUUGUAUUGAUUGACGAAGAUGCCCGUCGCUACUUCAAGCAAUCGGAGAUUGCACUCUACCGCCAAGCUCCCGAGAUCGCCCCGAACGCCCAGAUCGCCCAACAGCAGCAGAUUCAGCAGCAGAUGCUCCUCGAGCAACAGCGCCAACAGCCUGCUCUCCCACCAGGCUCUGCUACCGCCGGACCCGGUAGAGAAACCCCUGCGCCGCUCCGACAGGAGCCUCAACCUGUUCCCGCGCCUGCAGCAUAG